AUGGUCUAUCAAGGGAAGCCUUCGAGGGGCUGUCAGAUGUGCCGCACUCGCCGCAUCAAGUGUGACGAGACAAAGCCCACAUGCAAGCAGUGUGCCAAGUCUCGCCGGCAAUGCCCCGGAUACAGAGAUGAGUUUGACCUGGUGUUCCGCAACGAGACACAGGCAACGGAGAAGAGAGCGCAGCGGGCGUCCAAGAAGGCUCUCGCCCAGCGUAUGAGCAAGUUCGCCGCCAGUUCUACGCCAGAACCAAUCUCCCCAAACGGUGUGCAUUCAUCCGGCUGUUCAAACCCCCCAUUUGGGCCGUCUCAGCACAUUCCCUCCAUGGCGGCCUCGUAUGGCCGCAAGAAUCAGCAGACUCCCUGGACCGGCCUAUACACCCUGCUGCAGAAGCCACAGAUGGACCUGGACGGCCAGGUGACUUGCCAUUUCCUGUCCAACUAUGUGCUCAUCCCCCGGUUCGGCAAUGGACGUGGGUUCCUCGAGUACGUAGUGCCAUUGCUGAGGGCGGAAGAGGUGGCACCUCACUUCAAGGCCGCGUUCGAUGCCUGUGCCAUGGCUAGCUAUGCCAACUCACAAGGGGAUCAGCUCCUGGUCGAGCGCGCUCUGCGUACGCAUUCAAAGGCGUUGAGUGCUAUCAACGUAGCCUUGAACAACCCCGACACCAUCAAGCAGGAUUCCACCCUGGCGGCCAUUCUCCUGCUGGGUCUUUUCGAAAACAUCACAACCAGGAAUCUCGGCAUGCUGGCCUGGGGGCCUCACAUCCGGGCAGCGAUCCAGCUCGUCCGGAAACGAGGCCGCAAGCAGCUCCGGACGAAGAUUGGGGUGGCGUUAUUCAUAGCUGUCCGAACCCAAAUGAUUGUCCACACGCUCAGCACCGCAAAACCGCCCCUGAUGCAAGUGGAGUGGUGGGUCAACGCAGAUGCCAUCCGGGACAUGUACGCCUCUCAGUGUCAACGGCUCGGCAUCCGUGCCGGAGAGAUCAGGGCAGAGGUAAACCGGCUCAUGAGCCAGCUGCCACGCAACACAGAAAGCGUGGAAGCCCUUCAAGACAUGAUCAGGCAGUGCCAGGCGCUGGACUUUGAGUGCAUCCGGUGGGCCGAGACGCUGCCAGAGGACUUUCGAUACCGCACGAUCCUCUGGCAAGACGAGAUUCCCGACGCCGACUACUACCAGCUGGAGGUGUUCCCGGGACGUGUCGAUGCGUAUCCGGAUCUGUGGGUAGCCAGUCUGUGGAGCAUGAUGCGAGUGUCACGAAUCAUCCUGGCAUCUCUCGUGAUCCGGUGUGUGGCUUGGGUUUCGUCACCGGUCGACUACCGCAUGGCGCCCGAGUAUGCCACGGCGAGGAGGAUAUGCGUGGAGAACAUCACCGACAUCAUCGCUUCGGUGCCCUACCAGCUCGGAUGGUUCAGCACGCGCAAGCACCUAUUCCAGCAAGCCAGUCUCUCUGGGUUUGCCUGCGGCGAGGACGACACCACAAAGAGCCUGUCUGGGUACUUUCUGACGUGGCCGCUGGCUUGUAUCCAGGGGCAAGACUACACGACGGACAAUCAGCGGGGGUGGGCCAAGGGACGGCUCACUUACAUCGGGAAGCAUCUCGGCGUCUCCUAUGCCCUCAUGUUGACUCAGCUCAACUACCGGACUCCCUCCAUGCUCAUUAGAAUGGACGGCUCAAUGGCCAACAGCCCAUCUGUCAACGUCGAGAAGAUUCUUUCCAUGAAGGUUGCGAAGCCGUCCGAGGCGUUGUCCACAGGGCCAAUGGCGCCCCAGCUGUUUCGGCAGCAGGUGUUUCACGGCCAACCGACGGUCCUGAUGCCGCAGCAUGCAGCUAUUUCGACGUACGACGAUACGAGUCCGGAGGGCGAUUAA